CGCCAUGGAGGCCGUUCCCCGGAUGCCCAUGAUCUGGCUGGACCUGAAGGAGGCCGGAGACUUCAGCUUCCAGCCGGCCGUGAAGAAGUUUGUCCUGAAGAAUUACGGUGAGAACCCGGAGACGUACAACGAGGAGCUGAAGAAACUGGAGCUGCUCCGACAGAGCGCGGUGAACGUCCCCCGGGACUUUGAGGGCUGCAGCGUCCUGCGGAAAUACCUGGGCCAGCUCCAUUACCUGCAGAGCCGCAUCCCCAUGGGCCUGGAGAACGAGGCGGCGGUCCCGGUCACGUGGACGGAGAUCUUCUCGGGCAAGUCCGUGACCCACGAGGACAUCAAGUAUGAGCAGGCCUGCAUCCUCUACAACCUCGGCGCGCUGCACUCCAUGUUGGGAGCCAUGGACAAGAGGGUUUCAGAGGAGGGGAUGAAGGUGUCCUGCACCCAUUUCCAGUGCGCGGCGGGCGCCUUCACCUACCUACGGGAGCACUUCCCCAUCUCCUACAGCGUGGACAUGAGUCACCAGAUCCUCAACCUCAACGUGAACCUCAUGCUGGGUCAGGCCCAGGAGUGUCUCUUGGAGAAGUCAAUGCUGGACAAUAGGAAGAGCUUCCUCGUGGCCCGCAUCAGCGCCCAGGUGGUCGACUACUACAAGGAGGCCUGCCGGGCUCUGGAGAGCUCCGAGACGGCCUCCCUGCUCGGCAAGAUCCAGAAGGACUGGAAGAAGCUAGUGCAGAUGAAGAUCUAUUACUUCGCCGCGGUGGCUCACCUGCACAUGGGGAAGCAGGCCGAGGAGCAGCAGAAGUUUGGAGAGAGGGUCGUCUACUUCCAGAGCGCCCUGGACAAGCUCAACGAAGCCAUCAAGAUGGCCAAGGGCCAGCCGGAGACCGUGCAGGACGCCCUUCGCUUCACCAUGGACAUCAUCGGAGGGAAGUUCAACUCGGCCAAGAAGGAUAACGACUUCAUCUACCACGAGGCCGUCCCCCCUCUGGACACGCUGCAGCCCGUGAAAGGGGCCCCGCUGGUGAAGCCCCUCCCCGUGAACCCCACCGACCCCGCGGUCACCGGCCCCGACAUCUUCGCCAAGCUGGUGCCGAUGGCCGCCCACGAGGCCUCGUCGCUGUACAGCGAGGAGAAAGCCAAGCUGUUGCGGGAGGUGAUGGCCAAGAUUGAUGCCAAGAACGAGGUGUUGGACCAGUUCAUGGACUCCCUGCAACUGGACCCCGACACGGUAGACGACCUGGAGCUCUACAACCAGAUCCCGCCCCUGCUCAUGGAGAAGUGUGCCGCCCUCAGCGUCCGGCCCGACACCGUCAAGAACCUCGUCCAGUCCAUGCAGGAGCUGUCGGGCGUGUACACGGACGUGGAGGCCUCCCUGAAAGACAUCAAGGCCCUGCUGGAGGGGGCCGAGCCCCCGGAGCCCAAGGGGCAGGAGGCGGCGGCGGCGGCGGCGGCGGGGGGCCGGCCCUCGCCCGAGCUGGCGGAGGUGAGGCGCGAGUGGUCCAAGUACACGGAGGUGCACGAGAAGGCCUCGUUCACCAACAGCGAGCUGCACCGCGCCAUGAACCUGCACGUCGGCAACCUGCGCCUGCUGAGCGGGCCCCUGGACCAGGUGCGGGCCGCCCUGCCCGCCCCGGCCCUGGGCCCGGAGGAGAAGGGCGUCCUGCAGAACCUGAAGCGGAUACUGACCAAGGCCCGGGAGAUGCGGGAGCAGCGGCAGGCCCUGGAGCGCCAGCUGCGGGACCAGAUCCAGAAGGACGACCUCACCACCGCGCUGGUCACCGCCGACCGCUCCGAGAUGCAGAAGCUGUUCUCGGAGCAGCUGAAGAAGUACGACCAGCUGCGGGUGUACCUGGACCAGAACCUGGCGGCCCAGGAGAACGUGCUGGCCGCCCUGACGAAGGCCCACGUGCAGUUUGCCCCCGUGCGCCGCCUCCUAGCAGACCUCCGGACCAAGUGGGACUCCACGCUGCAGGCCCUGGUGGGCUCCUACGAGGCCUACGAAGACCUGAUGAAGAAGUCGCAGGAGGGGAAGGACUUCUACGCCGACCUGGAGAGCAAGGUGGCCGCCCUCCUGGAGCGGGCCCGGGCGGCCCGCCAGCAGCAACUGGACAGGGAGCUGAAGAAGAAGGCACCCCCCCGGCCCACGGCCCCCAAACCCCAGCUGGCCCGGAAGGAGGACGGGGAAGAGGCGGGCGAGCUGGCGGACCUCCCCGCCGAGGUCCUGGCGGCCCGGCUGGCGGCCGCCUCCUUCCCCGGCGCGGCCCGGCCCCCCGAGGCCUUCCUGGGGGCCGGGGCGCGGGUCGGGGGCGCCCCCCUGCCCUUCCCGCCCGCCCACUUCCCGCCCCCGGGCCCCCUCUACGGCCCCAUCCGGGCCCCGUUCCCGCCGCCGCUGCCGCCGGCGGCCCCCCAGCCCUCGGGGCUGCCGGCCCUGAGCCAGGUCCCCGCGCCCCUGGUGUACCCGGCGCCCGCCUUCGCCCGCGGGCCCGUGCCCCGCUCCUCCCCGCAGCACGGCCCCGAGGGCGGCGGGCGGCCGGCCGGCGGCCCGGCGGACGGCGUCCAGGCCCCCGGCUACGGGCCGGGCCCCGCCCGCCUCUGCUUCCCCGGCCCGGGGGCCCCCGCCUUCGCCCCCUACCCCUACCCUCCCCGGGCCCAGCCCCCCUUCGGCCCCGCGGGCUUCCCGGCGGCCGGGGAGCGGCCCCCUCCGGCCUACUCGGCGCCGCUGGCCUUCGCGCCCCGGGCCCCGCUCCCGCCCGCCUUCCCGGGCCGGGCGCCCGGCCCCCCGGCUCAGCAGGCCCCCUUCCCGUUCCCGGCCCAGCCGGGCGUCCUGGGGCAGCUGCCGCCCCCGCUGCGGGCCCAGCUCUACCCCCCGCCGGCCCGAGACCCCUCCGGCCUGGCCUUCCCCCACCCGGGCGCGGCCCCGGCCCCGCUGCCGGGGGGCCGGCCGGUCUCGCCCUCCCCGCCGGCCUUGCCCUUCUGCCCGGCCCCCCCGGCCCCCGGCGGCCCCGCUGCCCCGGCCGGGGCCCUCGCCCGCCCCGAGAGCCAGCACGGGGGCUCCCAGCCCCCCGGGGGCGGCCAGCCCCUGCUGCAGCCCACCAAGGCGGACGCGGCCGAGGGCCAGCGGCCCCAGGCCCUGCGGCUCAUCGAGCGCGACCCCUACGAGCGGCCCGAGCGGCUGCGGCGGCUCCGCCAGGAGCUGGAGGCCUUCCGGGGGGCGGUGGGGGCCGGCCCGCUGGACGGGGCCUGGCGGCGGCUGCAGGAGGCCCAGGAGCGGGACGCCCGCGGCCGCUCCAUCGCCGUGGCCCGCUGCUACGCCCUGAAGAACCGGCACCAGGACGUCAUGCCCUACGACGGCAACCGCGUGGUCCUGCGCUCGGGCAAGGACGACUACAUCAACGCCAGCCGGCUGGACGGCCUCUCGCCCUACUGCCCCCCGCUCGUGGCCACCCAGGCCCCGCUGCCCGGCACCGCCGCCGACUUCUGGCUCAUGGUCCACGAGCAGAAGGUGUCGGUGAUCGUCAUGCUCGUGGCCGACGCCGAGAUGGAGAAGCAAAAGGUGGCCCGCUACUUCCCCACGGAGCGGGGCCGGCCGAUGGCGCAGGGCCCCCUGACCCUGGCGCUGAGCAGCGUGCGGACCACGGCCACCCACGUGGAGCGCGUCCUCAGCCUCCAGUUCCGCGACCAGAGCCUCAAGCGCUCCCUCGUCCACCUCCACUUCCCCACCUGGCCCGAGCUGGGCCUGCCCGACAGCCCCGAGGACCUGCUGAGCUUCAUCCACGACGUCCACACCCACUAUCUGCACCAGCGGCCCCUGCACACGCCCAUCGUGGUGCACUGCAGCUCCGGGGUGGGCCGCACGGGCGCCUUCGCCCUCCUGUACGCCGCCGUCCAGGAAGUGGAGGCCGGGAACGGCAUCCCCGACCUGCCCCAGCUCGUCCGCCGCAUGCGGCAGCAGCGCAAGCACAUGCUGCAGGAGAAGCUGCACCUCAAGUUCUGCUACGAGGCCGUGGUGAGACACGUGGAGCAGGUCCUGCAGCGCCACGGGCUGCCCCCGCCGCCGGGGAGCCGCCCGGCCUCCGCCGCCUCGCAGAAGCCGUAUCUGCCGCCGGACCUGGUGCUGGGCGGGGACGUGCCCAUCAGCUCCAUCCAGGCCACCAUCGCCAAGCUGAGCAUCCGGCCCGCGCCGGGCGGCGGGUCCGACCCCCCUCCGGCUCCGGAAGACCCCGCCCCGGCCCCCCCGGAGCCCGCCGGCCCCCCGUCGCCCCCGCCCCCGGAGCCGCCCGAGCCGGCGGAGGAGAGCCCGGCCCCCGCGGCCCCCGGCCCGGCCCCGCCGUCCUCGUCGCUGGAGCUCUUGGCCUCCCUGACGCCGGAGGCCUUCUCCCUGGACGGCUCCGCGCGCGGGAAGCAGCGCAUGAGCAAGCACAGCUUCCUGCAGGCCCCCAACGGGCAGGGCCUGCGAGGGGCCCGCCCCGCCGACGACCCCCUGAGCCUGCUGGACCCCCUCUGGAGCCUCAACAAGACGUGAGUCGGCGCGGGUCCUCCUCCUCUCCCUCUCCCCUGGGACCUGACUUUUUCCAGUCCUUUGCUAGGAAAAUAAAAACCCUUCCGUACGCAAACCGCGCCGUCGGCGUCCCGCGCGCACCCGUCC